CGUCGCUUCUUCACACUUCCCACCAUCUCAGUCUUCGUUAAUUCGUUGCAUCCUGGUAUUCUUGACUCUAGGCAUCAUAAGUAUGCCAAGCUUUGCAAACCCGGUUCUAGGUAGUGCGCAGAAAAGGAAGCAUGUUGAAGAUAGUCGUUUCACGCAACGGAAACGUCAUGCAGGACCCGCACAACUCACUACCACCAACAACGCUAGUGGCAGCCGUAAUGGUGACAAAUAUUGGACCGUGCAAUGGCGUAAUCAUCAACAGAAGAAACACAAAACAUGGGAUGGUGACGGUGUUCUACUUCUGAGUCAAUCUGGCCAAUGUGUAGUGUUCGACAUGGAGAGUAGAAGAAUUGCUAGUGGGAAGCCAUCUGGUAUCUUGCCUUCAGAGAUAUCUUUGGAGUCUACGUUCAAUGUCGGCGGCAAAGACGUUUACGUUGACUGCGAGGUAAAGCGAGAAGACUACCUAUCAGGGCGCUGUUUUGAUAGUUCAUUUGCAACGGCUCCGGAGCCGGCAAACAUUCGUAAAUCUACAACAUUAUUGAAGCCAUAUGUGCCACUAAGGCCAAGGACCAUAAAUGGCUUCAAGGCACCCUCUUUCCUCAAACCUAAUUCGCCAGCGCCUUCAAAUUCUAAUCCAACAGCUGCGCGCUUGGCUACGCCGGAACCGGUGAGCCACGUAGUUCGUUCGAACAAAUCCUAUUGGAGCGCGAACUGGAGGAAAUUUCAGACCAAAAAGCACAAGACUUGGGACGGUGAUGCUUUCAUCGUGCACAACGGAGCUAAACUGACCCUCAUCUCCGACAAGGGUAUCGUGUUCGGGUCAACGAAAUGGGAUGGAACCCCGCUGCUCAGCGGAUUCUCAGGGCGUGUUGGACAAAGGCAAUUCGAGCUUGACUGUCAGAUAUCUCAGGCAGACAUGCCAGCAGUGACGGACAGUUCAAUGGAGGAAGAACCCGAUAUCGACCUUGAAGCCGAAGGAUCAUCUGCCCCCCAGAUCUUCGCGCCAAGCAGUAGACCGUCCACACCGAAUGUUGUCAAGAAUGAAACGCCCUCCAAACCUUCAUCUGUUUCGGCCAAAUCAUUCUACGCUCAUGUGAAGCCCAAGCCCAAGCUAAAAGGACCACUACAUGACCCAAAUGCCGAGGGAGCCAUUGUGAUGAACGCCCCUACGGCGGACCACAUUUCCAAAUAUAAUAAGAAAAACGCGCCAAUUGUCCCUGUUGUUAUCGACCCUAUUCUUGGUCGAAAGCUCCGGCCGCAUCAGGUGGAAGGCGUGAAGUUCAUGUACGAGUGUGUUAUGGGUCUGGCUCAUUCUGGGAAUGGCUGUAUUUUGGCGGACGAGAUGGGUAUGGGAAAGACACUCCAGACCGUCACGUUAGUAUGGACCUUGUUAACAAAACCCGUAUGCUGGCAUAGGGCCUGUUGUGGGCAAAGUACUUAUCGUUUGCCCUGUCUCUCUGGUCAACGACGCGACCGAAUAGGCGUAUUUGUCGGCGACAAAGACAAAGCUGCAAUCAAGCAGUUCAUCAAUUCGCGCAUUCACAACGUGUUGAUUAUCGGGUAUGAGCGGCUGAGGACUAUAAUUGAUGACCUCGUGUAUUGCGUGCCUCCCAUUGCCCUGAUAAUCUGCGAUGAGGGGCACCGUUUGAAGUCCGCAAGCAAUAAGACGUCAACCAUGUUUGACGCGCUUCGGACGCCUAGGCGUGUCAUCCUGUCAGGGACACCCAUUCAGAACGACCUGAGUGAAUUCCAUGCCAUGGCAGACUUCUGUAACCCGGGGUUGCUCGGCGACUAUCAAUCUUUCCGAAAACUUUAUGAAGGACCCAUCAUGAAGAGUCGAGCACCGGACUGUUCUUCAAAAGAUAAGGAACUAGGAGACGGUCGCUUAGCGGACCUCAUGGGUAAGGCGCGGAUGUUUGUCCUAAGAAGAGAUGCUACCAUUCUGAAAAGUUAUUUGCCGCCCAAAUAUGAAUACGUCGUCUUUAUAGCUCCGACGAAAUUGCAGCGUGACAUGUUCCAGAGGAUUCUGACUCGGGAUAACAUUGACAACAUCUCCGCCACCCAUACCGCGGAGUCCCUUGCUCUCAUCAAUUUACUCACCAAAAUUAGCAGUAGCCCUAUUCUACUGAAGGCAACGGUCGAUCAAGCUCGCAGUAAAGGCGGUACUGGUGAUGUGAUCAAGAAAAAUGCUAUCGAAGACGCUCUAAAGUUACUACCUGAGAAAGCUCAGGUUGAAGAUGUCUCACUGAGCGGGAAGCUGGCUGCACUUGCGAAUCUUCUUCGAGCUAUCUACAAGAGCACGGAAGAAAAGUGCAUCGUGGUCUCGCACUAUACAUCAACGUUGAAUGUCAUUGAAGCAUUCUGCAAGAAGAAGUCAUAUACGUACCUGCGGCUUGAUGGUCAAACGCCUGCUGCUAAGCGUCAGGAAUACGUCAAUGAUUUCAACAGGUCAACACAAUCUCAGCGAUUCAUAUUCCUUCUCAGUUCCAAAGCAGGGGGCGUUGGGCUUAACCUCAUUGGUGCAUCCAGGUUGUGCUUGAUUGACUCCGAUUGGAACCCAAGUCAUGAUUUACAAUCAAUGGCCCGCAUCCACCGCGAUGGACAAAAGCGACCGGUUUUUAUCUAUCGUUUCCUCACCGCUGGCACAAUCGAUGAAAAAAUCUUUCAGCGGCAGGUCACAAAGUUAGGCUUGAGCAAUUCACUCAUGGGAGAUGGCAAGUCCGGUUCGAAAUCGGAUUCUUUUUCUCGUAAAGAUCUACGGGAUAUUUUUACGGUUCACCCGCAUACCGCAUGCCAUACCCACGAUUUACUGGAGUGUCCAUGCAGUGGGGACACGACGACCAACGUCUCUCCUGAUAUUCUAGAAAGUGAGGACGACAAUGAAUGCGACGAAGAAAUGGGCUUCAUGACAGCUUCCCAAGUGAAACCCCGGCAAAUCGAGAAGAUGGACAAGGCGUAUCUCAAACAAAAGAAGGCACAGCUGGCAUCCCUGGGAGAAUGGACGCAUAUCAAUUGUCUGAAGCCUGGCGCACGGGACCACAUUCAUGAUUCUAUGCUCCAGAAACUUCUGUAUGCCUCGGAUGCUGGGAAAUCACGGCAGUCGGUUGCCGGUAACCAAAGUCGUCCACAGUCCAUUCUGGCUGCCACAGACCUCGAAACAAUGCUGGAGGACAUGGGACCUGCCCUUGCGAUGACCGAUGUUCCAGGAGGAACGAUAUCUUUCUUAUUCGAACGUGGAGUAAAGACGAUCGUGGAAGAGAGCGACUUGGAGAUAUCUCUCGAGGAUGAUUGAGAGAAUCGAGAGUGAUAGACGCAUUGACUUCAUGGACUUCCAGAUAGAAUCAUCUUGCUGUAUCGUAGUAUUACCCUCCUGAAGCUGUUAUUUUUAUGUGUACGUAAUGCGAAUCAAGACUACAAUGUACAUACUGUACUGUACAUGAAUGCAGCUUCUGCAUCCUCCUCA